AUGGGCAAGUGGUCCGCAACGUGGCGCACCUCGCAAGGGCUGAAGUCCGCGACCUCUACAUCGAACUCAAUGCCCACCAACUGCAGAAGGUUGUUGGACACGUACUGCGAGGAGAUGGAGCAGGAGCUGAAGGAGAAGAAGGAUACGGCGGCGGCUACGCUGAAGUCUGCCCAAGACGCCCACGCCGACGCGAUGCGUCAAUGCAACGCGUUGGCAAGGCACCAGAGGAGGAUGGCACGUAACCUGCGCGAGGAUUACCGAGAAGCGAACGGAGACGACCUGCCCGACUUCCCGGAUCCUCAUGAGGUGGAGCAACCCAUCGAGUGGAUGGACGUCUUUGAUGACGACGACGACACACCAUCCUCAGACGCCGAGGACGACGAAGAAGUGGAAGAGAAGGAGGAAAAGCCGAAGGAUGAGCCGCAGCUGCACAUUGUUGAGCGCGACGUUGCUGAAGGCGUGGCUGCUGUCGAAGUCGAUGAACAAGUCGCGGUCCGCCCCGUCUUCAAGGUCCUUGCUGCACUCGGAAACUAUUUUCCCGCAAAC